UUUUUUUAUUUAUUUAUGAUAGUUUAGUUAAAUAUUAAAGUUAUGGGAGUAAAAGGAUUAUGGAAACUGUUGGAUGGAACAGGAAGACCUCUAAAUUUGGAAUCACUAGAGGGAAAGAUACUAGCCAUUGAUAUUAGCGUUUGGUUGAACAUGGCCAUCAAAGGAAUGAGGGAUUACCAAGGACAUGCGAGUGCAACUGCUCAUCUAACAACAUUGUUCAACAGAAUUUGUAAGCUGUUGUAUUAUGGAGUCAAACCAGUGUUUGUAUUUGAUGGGCAAGCACCAAUGUUGAAACAAAAUACACUUCGUGAGAGAAGAGAAAGAAAAACCUUCCAUGCAAAUGAAAGCAAAAAAGCCAGUGCCAAAAUUUUACAAACAUACCUCAAAAGACAAAUUUUGCAGGAGGCUACUGGAGUGAGCGCUGAGCAAAAUGGUGAUGGUGGCACAAAAAGUUCAGAUGAACCAUCGUCUUCUUCCAAACAAAGCAAAGAUGAGAAGAAACAAGAGAUAGAUAUCUUUGAUCUUCCCCCACUUGCAAGUCAACUCAAUGACAGUGAUCAAGAAGAAUUAGAAGAUGAACUCAAAAUGAGAACUGAGUUACAGAAUGAAUAUAUUGAUGAAUCUGGUCAUGUCGAUAUUGAAGGGGUUCUUAAAAUGAAUAUAGAUUCUGAAGAUUUUAAUUCACUUCCAUCCGAUGUGCAAUAUGAGUUGUUGAAAGAUUUAAAAGAAAUUAGAAAACGGAGAAGAACAAGAAUAGAGGCAAUGCCUGAAGAAUCAAAUUCUUUUUCUGAUUAUCAGAUAGCAGGUCUACUCGCAAAGCGGAAAAUCAGCAAAAAAAUUGAACAUGUUGAAAAUAAAAUGUCUGAAGAAAAUUUAGCUGCAUCAUCUUUGCAUGCUGGAUUUACAGAUGAAAUGCUGAAGGAUCAUGACAUCGAUGCUCGACAACUUGUAUCUGAUUCCUCUACUCAUUUUAUAUGGAUGAGAAAAUCUAUUAAGAAAUCAAACCCAAAUGAUGAAAGCGAAGUAUCAGCGAACAAAAUUCUACCUUCAAUUCAAGAAGAACAAAUAUCAGAAGAAGUUGUUAAGACAGAUGAAUCCCGAUCUGAGCUUAAAAAGGAUAAUCUGAAAACACAAGAACUUACAGAACAAGAUAUGAAAUUGACCAUUACAAAGGAUCAAGAAUCCACUGAUAUGGAUAUUGUAGAAUCAAACUUAACUGAUCAAAACAAUGGACUGAAAAUUGUACAAAAUCAAUCUUCAUUGACAGAGCAAAAUAUAAAUAUACAAAAUGUUGAAUCACAGAUUGUAAAACUAAAUAGUGAACUAAAUUCAUCACCGACAGAAAUUUCGAGUGUGUCUCAUUCCGUUGUCUCGUGUGAUAAUACGUUGAACUCUAAUAGCACUCAAGAAAAUACUUUAUUAAAAACACAGUUGCCAGAAUUUUCUAACAUUCAUACAGCAGAGAAGCAUAUUGAGAUUAAAGAAAGAAAAGAUGUAGAGGAUAUAAAUUUACGGACUGGUUUUGAAUUGCAACAACAUAAAGAUGAUGUUGUUGAAAACCCGACUGAUUCCUGUGUUCUUGAAAAGAAAUCAAAUCAUAGUAAUGUUACCAUAAAGCCAUCUCCAUUGCCAGCAUCAUUUUCUGAAUCAAUUCCUGAAGAAAUUACUGUCAAAAAAGCUGAAAAUGUUGAAGAAAGUUCGGAUGAUGACUUUAUUGAUAUUCCUGAGCAAGAAGGAAAAAUUAAACCGGCAACUGAUAAUAUUUCCAGCACUGUUGAACAAUCUGAUUCGUUAAAAGAUCCUGUAUCUGUUGUAUCCCAAGUCAAUGACUCACCGGACAAGUCUGAAGAGAGUAUGUUUGUGGAAAGCAAUCCUUGGGAAGGUCUAAAUGCAGAUAACAUUGAAGCUUUUAGUGGGCAACUCGAUGCUGAAAGCAAAGAACUGAAAAAAUUAAUGCAAGCAAAAGAAAGAGCAGCUCGUGAUUUGAGUCAAUCUGCACAGUUAGAAUGUCAAGAACUUUUGCAAUUAUUUGGUCUUCCUUACAUAUUGAGUCCACAGGAAGCUGAAGCUCAAUGUGCCACACUUGAACUGCUUGGGUUGACGAAUGGUACAAUAACAGAAGAUUCUGAUAUUUGGUUAUUCGGUGGAAAAUAUGUCAUUAAAGAUAUGUUCGGAAGCAAACGAGAUCCUGUUGUUUUUAAUGCAAACGAUAUAGAAAUGCAACUUGGUCUAAACAGAGAUCGAUUUAUUUGUAUUGCUUUGUGUUCUGGCAGUGAUUAUACAACAGGCAUUCAUGGUGUGGGUCCAGUCACAGCGCUGGAAAUUCUGAAGGAGUUUGAAGGGGAAGACAUUCAAGGAUUGGUUCAUUUGAAAAAGUGGUGGGAUGAGACUUGUCAACGAGUAACACAAGUGCUUCCCACAGAAACCAAGAUAAAGAGUCAGUUGCGCAGGAUCAAUUUGAACAAAAAUUUUCCAUCAGAAGCAGUUUAUAAGGCAUAUACACAACCAAUUGUUGAUGAUGCUAGCACUAAAUUUGAAUGGGGGUUUCCAGAUUUGGAUGAGCUUCGUAGUUUUGCUGUCAACACAAUGGGAUGGACACGACUCAAGGCAGAUGAAACUUUGCUUCCUUUGAUGAAGAAAUUGGGGCAGCGCCGAUCAGCUCAAUUAAAAGUUACACAAUUUUUUACCCCUGUAUCCAAUCCAACUACAAACAAAGCGAAAAGCAAGAGAGUACGAAGAGCAGUUGCAUGUCUCAAAGGCAAUGCUGAAAUUGCUCAAGAAAGUUCAAGAAGUAAAAAAAAGGCUCGAAUGACCAAGGGAAAGAAAAACCUGCUGUUAAAGAGGAGAAAUUAAAUUUGUCUGAAUCUUCAUCUGACAGUGAAUAAAGUAACCUGAAAAUGAAGCAAUCUUUACUUUUGCACGAACUGUAUGCUUUUACAUUCGACGUAAAUUUCAAUCAUACAUGUUGCAGGUUUGACGUUCAAAUACAACACAAAUGAACCCUA